UUUCGAAUUUUAACGGUGCAAGGAUUUACGAAGUACGGAACGAACUUUUAUUUUGUUUGCAAUUUUAUAACUGUGUUGUCGUGGAACAAUGGCAAGAAGAUUUGUUAAUAAUUUUCGGGGUGAAAUGUAUUUUUCGCCAAACGGUAACUUACAUGUAAAAGAAGAACCUUUGACACCAAAAGAUGACUUCGAAAAAUACAACAACUUGGACUUAUCUUUUGAAAAUGAGUGUGCUGGAAUGAAGAAAUCGCUUUCUAUGAACGAUAUCGCUGCACUCAGACGAGAUAUGGUGAAACUCGAAUUUAGUGAACACAGUCACGAUAGGUACACACAAAACUCCCAGCAAGAUCUUUCGAGGACAAAGUUCGUAUCAAUGGCUGAAGCAAUCUAUCAUUUUCAACGGGAUACACCAGAUCGCUUUCAUUCGACGAGACCGAGAACAUUUCGCCCGAAUCCGGCUAAUUCUGGAAGUCGUUCUGGUCUUACAGUACCUCAGUCACCAAUGCUUCGUUCCAAGAGCCGAUCCAGGCCUCAUCAUAUAUUAUCUCAGAAGGAAAGAGAGGAAAUGGAAUUGGAGGAAAUUAAAAAGUUUAAAUUAAAAGCUAACCCUAUUCCUAAAGCUGUUAUAACAGGACCCUCACAUUUGCCAGAAGUGCAAAAGAAACCUGCCACUGUUCCGGAGCCGUUUAAAUUGACCGAAGUGCCCAAGAAAAUAUUCCAAUCACCUGAACAUAUAAGCUUUAAGGCUCGUCCAGCACCAAAGCAUAUUUUGGAAAGUUCAAAAGUACCAGUCAAAGCGACUGUACAACCAACAAAACCAAAAAGCCCUAAAUUCCACUACAAAAGAGCUAAUUCCGCUGAUCAAAUCAAACUUGACUUCAAGCCUCUGCAGCAAACAAAGAAGACGGAGAAAUGUGAUAAAAUCCGUCACGGGCCAGUCAAGCCCGAGCCAUUCUCAUUUGAGAGAAGAGACGAGGAAAUGAGGAAGAGGCACGAAGAGAGAAUCAAGAGGCAAAUAGAGGAGGAGCGGAAACUUGCUACACAAUUCAAGGCUCAACCUUUACCUAAGGCUGUGAAAAAAAGAAUGCAAUGUGUCACAACUGGUAGCAGCGUAUCCAAUGCUUCAUCGGAAAACAAAGAAAAUCAUAUCAAGUUUGAAGCAAAACCUCCAGUUGUACUGUAUAAGGAACCAUUCAAACCGGUCUUGAAACCUGUACAGCUAGUCCAACCUGUACCAUUUGCACUCACAACAGAAAAGAGAGCAGUGGAGAGGGAGAAAUUUGAAAAGCAGAUAAAGGAGAAAGAAGAGGAAAUGGAGAAAAUAAGGAAACAAAGGGAGGAGGAGCAGAGGGAGGCGGAAGAGAGAGCUGUGGCAGAAAUGAGGGCGAAGUUGGUGCACCAUCCUAAACCAGUCCCACAUAUUAAUCCAUUUGUUCCUGAAAAGUCUGUCCUUCCCAUUACUGUCCCAGAAACUCCAAAAUUUGUGAGAAGACUGAAACAACAAUAAUUUGAUUAGUAUAUAUUCUUAUAACUAUGCUUUAGUUAAUGACUUUGUGACAUGAUUUUUAAGAUAAUUUUAUCAGCGAGACUAUUAAAAUUAUGAUAAUAAAGCUAUUAUGUAUUACGACUCAUUUUGGUAUAGACAUUUAGAAAUAGUGACUGGACUUGUUAAUUUUAAUU